CAUCAGCGAGCCCGAUCAACAAGCAGUGAUAGGCAUACACAUCGUCAUCUCAUGUUGAAAUUAUCAGUGAUAUCAUGUCCCAACGACGCUCGGACAAAUUCCAUCGCUCAGGGAGCGUGUGGAUCGAGAUUCCCCUCUGGCGUGUUAAAUAACGAGCGGCUACUUCUCUUCAAAUUAUUUCCCUUGAUUUUCCGUCUUCUCAAACGCACGACUAUCUCCUCUUCGCGUAAUUCACCAUCCCAAGAUCUCAAGUCGACCGCUUUUCGUGACAGUGAUCAUUUCGCAUCCGUCAACACAGCUCCUCGGCGAUCGCAAAAGACUUGCAGACCCAAACAUGAAGUUCCAGGUCUUAUCAUCCCUUCUUGCGGUUUAUCCCAUCAGAAACUGUAUGCUCUUGCUCAAGGCAACAGCGAUGUCAACUCCUUCGGCAACUACGUUGGGAACAAUUUGACCAUCGCGUUCUUCGGAGCCAAUGGGAAUUGCGCAAACGGGGGAGGUCAACCUGCAUCAUCCAUCUCCUUCACGACUCCAAGCUACAACGUCGAUAACGUCUGCUUCAACAUCGACGAGCUCUUCACUCAAGGAAACGAUACUGGAAGGAAGUCUGGGAGCCCCAGCAACGACCUUCCACCUCCAUUCUCGGGUGUGAACUACACCCUCGCCGGGCGAGAGCUCUACCAGUCGAACUUGAACUACACCGGCGUCUGGAUCAAGUCGACGAAUAUCACCGGUGUCGGUGAGGGUAUGAAUGGAGGGCGGGAGGUGAGGGUCUUCGAAGGCCGCAAUUGCCUCGAUGCCAAACCAUACUUCUCUCUUUCCUGCCAGACCGCGGAGGGUGGACGUUGUCAAAGUUCUCCCGGUGGUUUUCGCAGCUUCUCGCUCGACGACGCCUACCCCUACAUCCAAGGCAGCAAAGGAAAAUGCGAAUCCUUCGCGCCAUACAAUCUCAGCGCGGCCUCGACACUUUCUGGCCGAUCCUCGCUUCUCAUCGCUGGUCUGACUAUCGCAAUGGCGCUCUGGAUGUGAUAUGUUGAUCACUAUACAUUCAAGACUGCACGCGUCGCGGAAGAAAGUCGCAUGAACCUAAAAGUUCCCGUAUUUCGAAGUUUGUGCGAAUGACUCGGCCUGCUUUCGAUAUGUCCACGACCAUGUCUACUACCCUGUUGUGGAUUGAUGUCAGAAGACAUUAAAGCUACAAUAGCUCCCGCUCUAGACUAAAGCUUGCU